AUGUCCAGCACAGCCCCCAAGCCAGUGGGCAUGCGCCAGAAUGGCAAGAACUGGCACUCCACCAAAAAGGCCUUUCGCCCGACCGCCGGCCUGAAGUCAUACGCCAAGCGACUCGAAGACCGAGCCAAUCUAGCGAAUAUCAAGGAGCGCGAGCGCGAACUGAGGGAGGAGAAGCAGGCGGAGCGAGACAGACAUACCCAAGCGAUCAAGGAACGGAGAGCCGCCAAGGAGGAAAAAGAGCGCUACGAGAAGAUGGCAGAGAAAAUGCAUCACAAGCGAGUCGAGAGGAGGAAGCGCAGAGAGAAACGGAACAAACUGCUCAACUCUUGA